ACUCGCUCUACUUCCUUUUGAAAGUUACUUUUCAGCUUCUGGUCGACAUGGUGGCAGCAAAAAAAAGACUUCAUGGAUUUAGAGUUUUAUUUUCGUUUUGUUUGUCCUAUGAGCCGAGUUCCAGUUAAAUAACCCGUUCAUUUGUUUUAUUUUUAAUGGACCCUGCAGGCAGGAGAGGAACAUACUGGGGUGUGUCUGGAUAUUUAAUAUGUAAACAACCCUUUUGUUUUUGUUUUGCACAUUCGAGGGAACAUUAAGAAGACAGCUAGAGGUGAACCUCGAGCUCCAGCAUGCCGGGGAACAGCGGGCUGUACGCGGGGAAGAGGAGGAAGAAGCCCGUUCAGAAAAGCGCCGAGCCGCCGGCGGCGAAGGCCAAUCCCUCCAAACGCCACCGGGACCGUCUGAACGGAGAGCUGGAGCGCCUCACCGGCCUGCUGCCGUUCUCCGAGGAGGUCAGAGGUCGUCUGGACAAGCUGUCCGUGCUGCGGCUCAGCGUGGGAUACCUCAAGGCCAAGAGCUACUUCAACGCAUCGCUGCAGAAGCAUGUGAGGUCGGCUCCUCUCGCGUCUGCAAACGGCCGAAAGGAACAGUCGGUGUCUCUGGAUGGAGUGAGCUUCUCAGAGGGGGAACUCCUUCUCCAGGCUUUAAAUGGGUUUGUGUUGGUCGUCACGACUGACGGAACGAUCUUCUACACGUCCCCGACCAUCCAGGACUUCCUGGGCUUCCAUCAGUCCGAUGUGCUCCACCAGAGUGUGCAUGAUCUCAUUCACACGGAGGACAGAGAGAUGUUCAGAUGUCAGCUCCACUUCGCCCUCAAACCCAGCGACUCGCACUCGGACGUGAGAGCACAAGGUGGCCAGUCGAGCAGUAAAGCUUGGAGCCGCUCCGUGAGCUCGCUGCCUCAGUACGUCCCCCCGGAGAACUCCUCUUUCCUGGACAGAAGCUUCUGCUGUCGCCUCCGCUGCCUCCUGGACAACACCUCCGGAUUCCUGGCUCUGAACUUCAACGGGCGUCUGAAGUACCUGCAUUUGCAGGGGAGCACAUUUCCUCCUCAGCUGGCUCUGUUUGCCAUCGCCACUCCUCUGCAGCCUCCCUCCAUCAUGGCGAUCCGGACUAAGACCCUCAUCUUCCAGACGAAACACAGGAUGGACUUUGCUCCCCUGGGCAUAGACACCAGGGGGAAGCAGGUGUUAGGAUACACAGAGAUAGAGUUGCUCACGACAGGCUCUGGCUAUCAGUUCAUCCACGCCGCCGACAUGAUGUACUGCGCUGACAACCACCUCCGCAUGAUCAAGACCGGAGACAGCGGCUUCACGUUCUUCAGGCUGCUGACCAAAGUGGGGCGCUGGUUGUGGGUUCAGGCCAACGCCCGGAUCGUCUUCAAGGGAGGGAGACCCGACUUCAUCAUCGCUCGCCAGAAAUCCCUCACAAACGAAGAAGGAGAGGAACACUUGCACCAGAGAAGACAGCAGCUCCCGUUCAACCUCGCCACGGGCGAAGGAGUCCUGUACGACGUGGCUCUUGAACCCAUCCCCGGUCUUCCUGGCUCCGGCUCUCCGGGUACCGCGGAGCCCGCGACAGAGAACCCCGCCUCCCUCCUGGGAUCCCUUCACCGGCAAGACCACUCUGUUUACAGCCAGCCGCAGGAACCCAGUGCCCAGCUCCCGAUCUUCACCCAAAUAGAGGACCCGGAUUUAGAGCGACCCCAGUCGACCUUGGAGCAGGCCUUCCUGGACAGCCACGCUGUGCUCAGCGUGCCGAGCCAGACCCGGGGCUCGAGGUCCAUCACGGGGGACCUCACAUCGGAGUCCAUGAUUGACUCUUUGCAGCAGAUCUUGGAGGAUAUAGUGGAUGGAGGGCUAGAGGGUCUCGACGUUGAGGAGACAGAGCUGAGGGACUGGGAGAGCACCCUCGCCAGGCUGAGUGACGAGAGGGACGACGUAUCGAGCGAACUAAAUCACAUCUUGGCCAACGACGUGUUCUCCUACGUGGAGGAGGCUCUGAGGAGAGAGACAGCGCAGGGUUCACUUCACGUUAACAAGUUAUCCAUCCAAGGACAGCAUCCCGGGACUGUGUUUUCAAACGACGCGUGGCGGCAAACGACGAACGCCACGUCUGUCUUUGCAGAGCAGGCUCCGUUCGGAGAUGUAGAGCACGCUCCAAACGGAGACGUGGAGCAGGCUCCGUUCGGAGAUGUAGAGCACGCUCCGAAUGGAGACGUGGAGCAGGCUCCGUUCGGAGAUGUAGAGCACGCUCCGAAUGGAGACGUGGAGCAGGCUCCGUUCGGAGAUGUAGAGCACGCUCCAAACGGAGACGUGGAGCAGGCUCCGUUCGGAGAUGUAGAGCACGCUCCGAAUGGAGACGUGGAGCAGGCUCCGUUCGGAGAUGUAGAGCACGCUCCGAAUGGAGACGUGGAGCAGGCUCCGUUCGGAGAUGUAGAGCACGCUCCGAAUGGAGACGUGGAGCAGGCUCCGUUCGGAGACGCUCUCGGUGCCGCCGGUUACUCGGUGGCACACAAGCGGUGUCGCAACGCUCCGCGGGGACACUCCUCUUCACCGUGGCCUCCGGGCAGCAGCAGCAGCAGCUCUCACCGCUGUGGCAACCAGACGGCGUCAACACAAUCCUGCCCCGCUGCAGGGACGCAACGCUCUCGGCCUCCAUCUGUUCAACACACCGACGGUUUCCAUAGCAGCGGCCGCGGCUCCAACCAAACUGUGCAAUACACACUAACCGGUUCCCAGCAGCUUCAGAGCCCGUCGGCGUGGCAGCAGUUCCACCAUCACACAUCGACACAUUCCUCACACGCGACCCGCUCAUCCGGCAGCUGCAUGUACGAGAAAAGAGAGGGUGGCGAGCCGGACGCCGGGCCUCUUCUGGGACCUUCGUGCUCCAGAGGAACCGCAAACGUUCUAUUCGUCCGGCCCCGUGCGAGCACGACGGGCGGAGACCUCGGUCCGGGGAUGGCGCAGGCGAUGGCGGCCGGCUGCACAGAUGUGGACAACGUCGGCUUCGGAUCACAAUUUCCUCCUGAAAGUGGAUCAAUACAGUCGUCGUUCUUCUGUUGGACCGGUGACGCUCAGAUCCCCAAAGUGUCCCUGAACGGUGUCAUCGACCCGUUCGCCUUCUCCGCUCUUCCCACCGGGAGCAUCAACCUUCCCCAGAACGACGGCACAUAGCGGCUCGGAGACUCCGAGAGAUUUGCACGAAGUACGAUGGGGAGUUUCCCGUCUGGGAUACUCGUGGUAUUUCUGCGGCUCGCCGAGAAACACGAAACCCUCUCAUUUCAAACUAAAAAAAAAACGUUUUGCUGCAUGACAGCCUUUUGCUGAUUUUGGGUCGUUGGACUGAUUUAUUGUACGAUCUUUUCCAAUAAUCAUCUUUUUACUCAAUAUGCACACUAGGAGUAACCAACAAUAUAUGCGAGUAGACUCAAGAAAAAAUCCUCUUUCAAUGUCCAGUUGAUAAUUAUUUUAAGACGGGCCUCAUGAGUCGUGAACUUCUACUUUUACUAGUUUUGUUUUUGUCUCGGCGUCUGGAUUUUACAAAAAAAGAUUGAAAUAUAGAAACUAAUCUUUUCCCGACAUGUUGGAAAAUAUUGUGACUCAGCAGAUGUUUUCCGUAUUUUAAGAGUUACAUUUGCCAAUUAUCUGGCAGUUUUAAAAACAACGACAAUAUGUCGCCAUGUAUGCAGUUCUACAUUGAAUAAGCAUGAUAGACAUAACUUGCACACAAUGCAGUUUUAAAAUACUGUAAAAUCAGUUUGACAGCUCAAUGUGAACAGAUCUAAAUUAAGGGGUGUGACUCUGAACUAUACAAACACGGCGUUUAAAUCCGUCUCAGCUGCGUCAAAGAAGAACUUUGUUUACCUUGUCAAGUCAAAUUAUAUUCAUAGUAAAGUACACAUUUAUGCAUUCUUGCCUGGAGGAGAUCGCCAUAUUAUUGCGCUUCUGUAAUUCAUUCAAAGUCAUUCUACGCUCUGUAGCUGCAUUGUGUUCCUCGUGUACAAGAUAUACCCACUGGGGACAUGUGUAAUUUAUUUAGCCAUUAAAGAACUGUAACCCC